AAACGAACCAUCAUGGCGUCCAUUAUAAAUAUUUAUAAAGCGCAGCGAAUUCAGGCUGAAUCCCAAUCGGAUAAAUAGUAAACUACGUAGUGUGUAAGACACCGUGUUAAACCCUACAUAGUGCCUUUACACACACAGGAAGGCGUUUGGACUUUGUAUAUGUAGGUUAACCUGAAUAUCUGUACAAAGAGCAAUGAACUGCAUCGUGAGAUCUGCUUUAGGGAGGUUACUUUUUGCAGACAGGGGCCGGUUGUUUCCUACUCUGAGUGCUGCUCGAGCCAUGUCGUCUUCAGGAGGCCCCACACCACCCUUCACCACCCUGUCAGUCACCCACCCGGAUCAUCACAUCACUCAUGUAGAGCUGCAUCGACCUGAGAAACGCAACGCCAUGAACAAGGCAUACUGGAGUGAAAUGGUCGAUUGCUUUAAUCAGAUUGCUGAAGACUCUGAGUGCCGUGCGGUGGUGUUCUCAGGUGCCGGGAAAAUGUUCACUGCAGGUAUUGACCUUAUGGACAUUGCUGGUGAUUUGCUGCAGCCCCAGGGAGACGAUUCAGCCCGGAUAGCAUGGUAUCUCCGGGCCAUUGUUUCCAAAUAUCAGAACACAUUCUCAGUCAUUGAAAAGUGUCCCAAACCUGUGGUGGUGGCUGUUCAUGGCGCAUGUAUAGGUGCAGGAGUGGAUCUAAUCACAGCCUGUGAUAUUCGUCUGUGCACGCAGGACGCCUGGUUUCAGGUGAAGGAGGUAGAUAUCGGCCUGGCAGCAGAUGUAGGAACCCUGCAGCGUCUCCCUAAAGUGAUCGGCAGUCGUAGCUUGGUGAAUGAGUUAGCGCUUACUGCAAGGAAAAUGUAUUCUGAUGAAGCCAAGAGCUGUGGACUAGUCAGUCGUGUGUUUCCUGAUAAAGACUCAAUGAUUGCUGGAGCUCUGGAAAUAGCAAGCGAGAUCGCAGGCCGGAGUCCAGUCGCCGUCCAGGGAACUAAAAUCAACCUCCUAUACUCCAGAGACCACAGUGUGACUGAUGGACUGGACUACAUGGCUACUUGGAACAUGAGCAUGUUGCAGACUCAGGACCUUAUGAAGUCCGCGCAGGCCGCUCUGGAGAAGAAGAGCCCUAAAGACGUGACCUUCUCUAAGCUUUAAAUUAGAAGGAGAAGUUUUUCCAGGGCUGGUGGAAGUUAUCUCAACUGUGAAGCAGAGAUUUCAUCCUCCACGUGUUUUUAGUUCUUCCUGCUAAAUGUAAAGUUUUAUUAGUCUUUGCAUUAGACUGAUUAAAGGACUGAUGGCCAGAAUUGAAAUGAUAGAUUAUUUGUUAAACAUGUAGAUUAUUAUUUGUGGGUGUAACAAAUGCUCUAAAGCUUAUUCUGCGUGUUAACAUGUACAUGAGAUGUACUUAUUUUUUGCUCUUUCUGUAUGCAGAAUUCAGUGCAAAUAAAAUUAAAAUUCAGUGUAA